AUGGCGGCACGCAAACUUCAAGCGGAAAUGGACCGCACGUUCAAGAAGAUCCAAGAGGGCGUCGAGAACUUUGAAGACAUCGAGUCCAAGAUGAAUGCAGCCGGGACAGCAGCUCAGAAGGAGAAGCUAGAGGCCGACCUCAAGACACAGAUCAAGAAGCUGCAGCGGCUACGAGACCAGCUCAAGACGUGGCAAACUGGGACAGACGUCAAGGACAAGACACCAAUAAUAGAUCAUAGGCGGCUCAUCGAGGUGCAAAUGGAAAAGUUUAAGAUGAUUGAAAAGGAGAUGAAGACGAAGCAAUACUCAACCGUUGGCCUCAUAUCGCAUUCAAAGCUCGAUCCAAAGGAACAACAACGAAUGGACCUGAUAGGGUGGCUACAGGGCAAAGUCGAAGAACUUCAGAUGCAGAUAGAGACUGCAGAGGCAGAGUUGGAAACAUUACAAGCUGGCACAAAGAAAAAGGGAAAGAGUGGAGAUGCUGGACAGGCAAGGACAGAGCUCCUCGAGCUGCAAAACGAACGAAGAAGUUGGCACAUCACUCAGCUCGAAAUCAUCCUACGAUUGGUCGAAAACUCGAAUCUGCAAGUGGAGGAUGUAGAGGCAGUAAAGGAGGACGUUGACUUUUUCGUCACUAUGAAUGCUGAAGAAGACUUUGAGUACGAUGAUGGCGUCUAUGCGGAUCUCAAUCUCGAGAAUUAUGUGGAUGCCGAGGGCGACAACGACAGCACAGUGGCAUCAGAUGCUGAAAAUGACGAACCGCCGCCACCAAAACCUGCUCCGCGAAAGUCUAAGGCUGUCGAGGAGGAUGAACCAAAGGAAGAGCCGAUAACCAAACGAGGGAAUGCUUCGUCAUCGACGGCAAGACCGCGGGCAAAAUCUUCGACUAAGCCGACAGAUGUACCUACAACCCAGACAUCGAAACCACCAGUCCCUGUCGCCAACUUUGUCCAACAACCCAUGUCGAGCGUAGUCAAAGGAGCGGCGCGGGCGCCAAUGCCAACACUACGCUAUGCAGACGCCGCCGCACUUGGUACAUCAACCGCCGCACAUCCACCAGCAACAAGUAGUACAACAGCACCGUCGAGCGCCGUCCCUCAAACACCAGCCACAGCCAUACCUCCAGCACAAGUACCGACCCCUCCAGCUCCAGCCAACGCCUCUGUUAACCUCUCUACAUCCGUCUCCUCGUCCAAUCUGAACCAAGCGGCAUCCGCACAGCAAGUGACGCCCGCAUCUGACCAGGCUGACCCACUGUCGCCGUCGGAGCGGGCCGUCUCGAGUGUGGCUCCAUCGGCUGCAGCCUCUCCUAUUGCGAUACGGCGGAAUGAAUCGGUGGCGGAGAGCGGGAACAAUGGAACACAGGGUCUUUCGGAGAGCUAUGGUGCCCCCAGUGCGCCGUCUGUUACGAGCAUGUCUCUGGCGAGUCCAGACGUCUCCUUGGCGGAAGUAUCAGCGUCACCGCAAGUUGCACGAAUGCCUAAUCCAGAGAACUCGUAUUCGGAUGUUCCGUUGAACCAAGGACAGAACAGUUACACUCUGCAAGGCAUCCUACCAAACUCUUCGAUACCCCCAGGCCUCGCGGUAAAUGGAAUGCGAGAACCAGGCAACAUGACCACCAAAACAGAUAACACGACAAUAAGGACAAUUCUCCAGCGUCCAACGGCAGCUGCGCCAGGCGACGACCAAGCAAACCUCAGCGUCAACAACGGCACCGGAACUAUUGGAGCAGCACCACUUUCCCCUGGAGUCUCGAACCAUGAGAAUGAUGAUCGUGCGUCGCAGCAUAGCGGACAACAACCACCGAAGUUUGCCGCAACACUCUCGGACCUGAUGUCGAGUUUCCGUGCAGUGGGUCUCAAAGGUCCAGAACAUAUGCGUGACUCGGAACAAGUCAAGGAUGUGCUAGAAGCCAUGUCGCCCUCGAUGCCGCAGCCGCGCGAUGCCGAACGUCCAAAAUACCACACGACCCGCAAUCCGACACAGACACCAUCGUAUUAUCCACAGCAAAUGCUGCCGCUGCUUUCGUCGCCCGAAUUCUUCGAACGACUCGACGUCGAGACACUUUUCUGGGUGUUUUACUACAUGCCAGGGACGUAUCAGCAAUGGCUAGCUGCUCAGGAGCUCAAGAAGCAGUCGUGGCGGUUCCACGUCAAGUUUUUGACCUGGUUCCAACGACACGCCAAGCCAGACGAGGUGACGGACGAGUAUGAGCAAGGACAGUACCUCUACUUUGACUGGGAAGGGAGCUGGUGUGUGAGGAAGAAGAGUGGGUUCAGGUUCGAGUACCGAAAUCUGAGCGACGACUGA